UUGACCUAUGGAAUGCUGUUUCUUGGCGAACACCGAAGAGUGAACUUUGGGUUUAUUCUGUAAUGGAAGGGAAGUUUCGUGGAAAGAUUUUGAAAUAGGGACGGUGAUGAUUGUUCAAAGGGUGUUGAUAUCUUCAACAGGAAUCAUUUGUUCAUCUUUUUGGAGCAAUGUUGGUGUUUUGGGUUUGGAGGAUUGUGAUCAAAGCCAGAGUUGUGGUAUUUGCAUUGUUCUUUGGGGUAUGGAUGCCUUUGGGAGUGAUUGGUGUGUCUCGAAACACGAGAGUGGUGAACGUUGGAGUUUUGUUCACUCAUGAUUCAGUUAUUGGAAGGUCUGCACAGCCUGCAAUCUUAGCUGCCAUGGAUGAUGUUAAUGCUGAUAACAGUGUUCUUCCUGGAACAAAGCUGAACUUGAUCUUACACGACACGAAUUGUAGUGGAUUUCUUGGAACAGUGGAAGCCUUGCGGCUGAUGGAAGAUGAAGUAGUUGCCGCCAUUGGCCCACAAUCCUCAAACAUCGCUCACUUCAUUUCCCAUAUCAUCAACGAACUCCACAUACCCCUUAUAUCAUUUGGAGCAACAGAUCCUACUUUGACCACACCACACUAUCCAUACUUUGUUCGAACCACACAGAAUGAUUACUUCCAAAUGAACGCAAUAGCUGAUCUCAUAGACCACUUCGGAUGGAGAGAGGUCAUAGCCAUCUUUGUAGAUGAUGACAAUGCCAGAAACGGGAUAUCAGCAUUGAACGAUGCCUUAGCAAAGAAGCGUGUCAGGAUCUCAUACAAGGCCACCUUCUCUCCUGGCUCCCCCACUAGCGUGAUAAAUGACUUAUUGGUAUCAGUAAACCUCAUGGAAUCUCGUGUUUAUAUUGUUCAUGUUAAUCCCGACACUGGUUUAUCAAUAUUCACCAUUGCUAAGAAACUUGAAAUGAUGAACAGUGACUAUGUCUGGAUUGCAACAGAUUGGCUUCCUUCUAUUCUUGAUUCAUUUGAAACAAACAAUCAUGAUGUAAUGAAUCAUUUACAAGGAGUUGUUGCUCUUCGCCACCACAUCCCUGAUAGCAAUCUCAAGAAGAACUUCGCCUCCAAAUGGAACACUACAAGCUUCAACUCUUAUGCACUUUAUGCAUACGACUCUGUUUGGUUAGCAGCCAGAGCUCUCCACACAUUCUUUCAAGAAGGUGGCAAUGUAUCAUUUUCUAAUGACCCAAAGUUACAUGAAAUCAAUGGAAGCAAGCUGCAGCUAACCUCACUUAGAGUGUUCAAUGGCGGCGAACAACUUCUAGAGACAAUCAAGAGAACCAAGUUCAGAGGUGUAAGUGGGUUGGUUCAAUUUGGUGAUGACAGAAACUUGAUUCAUCCAGCUUAUGAUAUCAUGAACAUUGGAGGAACUGGUAUGCGUAGAAUUGGCUACUGGACAAAUUAUUCUGGUCUAUCAACAAUGACACCAGAGAGUUCAUAUUCAAAGCCUCUUAAUGCUACCCCAAAUGGCCAUCUCUACACUGUAAUAUGGCCUGGUGAAGCAACAGCCGUUCCUCGUGGAUGGGUGUUCCCGCACAACGGGAAGCCAUUGCAAAUUGUAGUGCCUAACCGUGUGAGUUACAAGGCUUUUGUGACUAAAGACAAGAGCCCACAAGGAGUUAAAGGGUAUUGUAUUGAUGUGUUUGAAGCUGCUAUAAACUUGUUGCCAUAUCCAGUUCCUCACGCAUAUAUAUUAAAGGGAGAUGACAGUCUUGAUUACAACAAUCUUGUAUAUGACGUUUCACAGAAUAGAUAUGAUGCAGCUGUUGGUGAUAUUAUGAUUGUAACGAAUAGGACGAAGUAUGUGGACUUCACACAACCAUUUAUGGAGUCUGGACUUGUGGUUGUUACUGUUGUUAAAGAGAAGAAGUCGAGUCCAUGGGCUUUUCUCAGCCCUUUUACUGUUCAAAUGUGGGCUGUCACUGCAAUACUCUUUGUUUUUGUUGGAGCUGUUGUUUGGAUUCUUGAGCAUCGGAGUAAUGAAGAGUUUCGUGGUUCACCAAGGCAACAAAUAAUCACAGUAUUUUGGUUUAGCUUCUCGACAAUGUUCUUUUCUCACAAGGAAAACACUGUAAGCACCCUUGGACGGUCGGUGCUUAUAAUAUGGCUCUUUGUUGUGUUAAUUAUCAAUUCAAGCUACACAGCUGGUUUGACAUCUAUCUUAACAGUGCAGCAGCUAACUUCAAAGGUUGAAGGGAUUGAUAGCUUAAUCUCUAGCACCGAUGCUGUAGGAAUUCAAGAAGGCUCAUUUUCAUUGAAUUAUCUGAUUCAUGAGCUGAAUAUAGCAGCUUCUAGGAUCGUUAAGUUGAAGAGCCAGGAGGAAUAUAUGGAUGCUCUUCGCCGUGGACCUGCAAAUGGUGGGGUAGCCGCCAUUGUAGACGAGCUUCCUUAUGUCGAGCUUUUCCUGUCGGGCACCAAUUGUGUCUUCAGGACUGUCGGGCAGGAGUUCACUAAAAGUGGAUGGGGAUUUGCAUUUCCAAGGGACUCUCCUUUGGCGGUUGAUUUGUCAACAGCCAUUCUUCAACUCUCAGAGAAUGGCGAUCUUCAAAAGAUUCAUGACAAAUGGCUAUCACGAACAGAGUGUUCGAUGAAUCUCAACCAAGUCGACGCAAACCAACUAUCACUAACUAACUUCUGGGAGCUGUUUCUAAUUUGUAGCAUUGCCUGCAUUGUUGCUCUUUUGAUAUUCUUCAGUAGAGUAGCAUUCCAAUAUCGAAGAGCUACCCCUAAAGCCCAGCCUGAAGUCGAGGAGACCCAACCUGAUAGGACGGGACGCUUCGGUCGUACGACUAGCUUCAUCCAAUUUCUAGAUAAAAAAGAAGUCAAAAAGGCUAAAAGAAAAUCCAUUGAUAUCAACCCAGCUGGCCAGAGCUCUGAGGGUCACCCUGAUGAACUCAAAAAGGCUAAAGGAAAAUCCAUUGAUAUCAACCCAGUUGCCCAGAGCUCUGAGGGCCACCCUGAUUCACAGCCUCAUUAGCGCUUGCCCCUCGUCCUGGGGUGGAAAAAGCCUGGACUUUUUGGGUUCCUUUUAUUUUCAUGUCUUAUGCAUAAACUACACACGCCACAAUGCAGUUCUCGUGAUUUUGUUUUUGGAAACUUGUAAAUUCAUAAUGAAAACCUCUUAAUUAAUUGAUA